ACCAUGUACGUCGCCACGGCCAUAAAAGCAAGAAAUUUGAUAAAUUGCGAUAUGUGCGUGUGCCGGACGGGAAGGUCUCCUUUCUUGACCCUAACCUAAGUAUAAUCCCUGAUGUAUGAUUCUCAACUACGUGGACGUGGAAGUAAAACCCUUUCAGAAGUAAAGUCGAAAUAUAUUGGUUCUGGAAAACGACCAAACUGUUCAGAAACGACACAAGUGCCGACGAUAAGAAAAAUGUUGGUGAAUACAAGAAUGGGUUGGGACCGGGAAGGGAAACCGCCCAAUCCCAGGAUAAGGUUACGGCUAAAUACGGUGAUUUCGGGACGCCUCUCUUGUGAGGUACAGAAGAGUUUAUAUCCCGUAUGUAGGUCACUUCCCCGUCUUGUCACUCUUCGCAUAUGAUGAGAUACAAUGCCUUCCUCCGCCAUCAUCAGAUUUGGGUUUUCCAAAAUUGACCUCAAUCGAGAGACCCGAUCUCUUCUGCAAUGAACACCUCCACAUCCAUCGGUACCAUCAGCAUCGCAUACCAAGCCUCUCAAAUCCCGUACGUAGAGUCAAGCAACGCCUUUCGAAACGACCCCCUCCCCAUCCGCCAACUCAACUGGCGGAUCUACCACGCCUUGUACGCUGCCACAGCAAAUGAUGGUGCAAAGAUCAAAGAAUCGGUCCAAGAAACGUGGGAGUGCAACGCCACCGAAGCGCACACAGUGCACGCACUCGAUCAUCUUUUCGAGAGCGUAAAGGUGUUCUUGACGACUAUGAAAGCGGUGGGCGGGGCUACACCGAGAUCGUUUCGUUGCGCUUCGUCGCCCGUCACCAACCCAUCGUCCAAUGCGGCGUCUUCCUCGAUUUCGGAUCAUAGCCUCUCACGUCGUUCAUCUUCCGCACGCUCCACGACGAGCUCUCGCGACUCGAGAGACGCUCCUGACGCCAGCUCUCAAGACUCGAGAGAUAGUCAUGGAGAAUCGGUCCAUCCACCUCUCUCCCCAGUCAGCUCUCACGACCCUAUCAUCGAACGAGACGGCCGACUGAAAACAGAGGCGUUGAGGAGAGAAACUACCGAUGCGUCGCCUGCGGAAGUCGUGGAUGCAAACCGGGAAUCGAUGCUGCAGAUCACUGAGGCGGUGUAUAUUGUUCCUUUUGGUAUUUCGAGAGUCCCGGGCGUCCGCCCCCGCUUCGAAACUGCGUUGCCAUUGUUUGGCCAUGGCGAUCUGGACCUGGACAAGGUCGAUGUCGUAUCAAACAUCGUCACCCUCGGCCCUUCGGAACAGCAUAAUUUCGCUCAAUUCUACUGGAUUGUUGAGACACACGAAGCGACAGAGAGCGGGAUAGUUUACACGAUCACUCAUCUGCGACCGGAAUAUGGCCCAAGGUAUCGCUGCGCGGAUCCCACAGAGUUGGAGCGGAUGGAUGACGGAGAGAUCUUACUGGUGGAUGGCACGAGGUCUGGGCGCCCGGAUCCAAAGUUUUUCGAUCUCCAUGCAAAGAUUGGAAAGGUGCUCCAUGCAAGCGGUUUGGAAACAUUAGUGGACAAUGUGAUGAAAAUUGGGCAGGGUCACGAGUUGGGGGGAGAUUGGCUAGUAGGAAUCAGUCAAGCGGUUGUGGAGGCGGUGGGGAUCGUCGAUGACUUUUGGAUUGAGAAGGCUCCGACCGGGAAACUAUGA